AUGCCUGGUUCACUCGCCGAUUACCUAGCAAAGAACUACCUUACUGCAGACCCGGCAACUGAGCGGCCCAAAAAAAAGCGCAAGAAGACCAAAGCCGUCGAUACUGCAGGCUCCGGCCUCAUCAUUGCCGACGAUGACCCACCAGACAUUCGCGCCUCACUAGGAAACCAAGCACAAGAUGAUGAGGACAGACCAUAUUUUGAGACAACCGCCAACACGGCAGAGUUCCGCCGGGCGAAGAAGUCAAGCUGGAAGACGAUCGGAGGGCCCGCACCCGGAAAUGAACAGGAAGCCGCCGACGCCAUCCUCGCCGAUGCGGCAGCAGAACGAGCCGCCCAACAAGGUGCAGACGACGAUGAUGCACCGAUGAUAGAAGACGAAGAUGACGGCGUGGGCCGCAUGGAGUCUGGAGCACGAGGCGGCCUCCAAACAGCCGCUCAGACUGCAGCGAUGGUCAAAGCCCAAGAAAAGCGGCGCAAAGCAGAAGAAGCACUGUACCGAAAUCCUUCAGCAACGAGUGAACAAGCCCAAGAAACGAUUUAUCGAGACGCCUCCGGCCGAAUCAUCAAUGUGGCUAUGAAACGCGCGGAAGCCCGGCGCGCGGAAGAAGAAAAGCGCGAGAAAGAGGAAAAGGCGCGCGAGGCGCUGAUGGGCGAUGUACAGCGACAGCAGCGUGAGGAGCGUCGGAAGGAGCUACAAGAUAUUAAGGCCAUGCCCAUCGCACGGACGGUCGAAGAUGAGGAAAUGAAUGAGGAAAUGAUGGCCCGCGAUCGGUGGAAUGAUCCCGCUGCAGAGUUCCUCACAACCCGCCGUGAUGCGGGAUCCAGUGCCACAGGGCGGCCGCUAUACCGUGGUGCAUUCCAACCUAAUCGAUAUGGGAUUCGACCGGGGCAUCGGUGGGAUGGGGUGGAUCGCGCGAAUGGUUUCGAGAAGGAUUGGUUUGCGGCACGGAAUAAGAAGAGUCGGUUCCAGGCUUUGGAAUAUCAGUGGCAGAUGGACGAGUAG